CCGACCACUGAAACACACACAUCUAUCCAUCUCAUUGUCUGCUCUGCGAACCAGAUAUGCCGCCACUGUUAGCCUUCCUCGGCUGAGGUGGCGACAGACUGGCCCUGUCUAAACGUCAUCAGUGCGGGGUAACCUGUUACUGGUGACAAGGUCAACGAUUGCAAAUGCUCAAGUUCCGCGCGCAGAAUCCCCGGGUCAGAUAGGAAGGAAGAAAACCGGCGCAGUGAUGGGACAGUUUUCGGGAGGAUGCUACCUGAGUUUGGGCAUCGUUGUGUUUCUCUGUUUGCAGUUCCCGACUACCUUGGCCCGAGGUAAGAACAGUUUAAAAGGUUCCAGGAGUGAUGCUCUGCAGCAUGGUACGUCAGGGACCCUCCCCCACUUCCUGCAGGAGCCUGAUGAUGCCUAUAUCGUCAAGAGCAACCCCAUCAAGCUCAAGUGCCGGGCCAGGCCAGCCCUGCAGAUAUUCUUCAAGUGCAAUGGGGAGUGGGUCCACCAGAGCCAGCACCAGUCUCAGGAACACACUGACGAGGGCACAGGGUUGAAGAUCCGGGAGGUGAUGAUCAACGUGUCUCGUCAGCAGGUGGAGGAUUUCCACGGCCCCGAGGACUACUGGUGUCUGUGUGUGGCCUGGAGCCACCUGGGCACCUCCAAGAGCCGCAAGGCAACCGUACGCAUCGCCUACCUGAGGAAGAACUUUGAGCAGGACCCCCAGGGGAGGGAGGUGCCCAUUAAAGGCAUGAUUGUGCUGCACUGCCGUCCACCAGAGGGAGUGCCAGUCGCUGAGGUGGAGUGGUUGAAGAAUGAAGAGCCAGUGGGCUCGGACGGGAACAUCGACACGCGAGCGGACCACAACCUGAUCAUCCAAGAGGCGCGUCUGUCCGACUCUGGGAACUACACAUGUUUGGCUAGCAACAUUGUGGCAAAGAGACGCAGCCUCACUGCCACUGUGGUCAUCUUUGUGAACGGAGGGUGGUCGUUGUGGACAGACUGGUCGGCUUGUAACGUGCCCUGUGGGCGGGGGGUCCAGAAACGCUCCCGCACUUGCACCAACCCUGCCCCUCUCAAUGGGGGCGCCUUCUGCGAGGGCAUGUCUGUCCAGAAGAGUACCUGUAAUGCCCUCUGCCCAGUGGAUGGUGGAUGGGCAGAGUGGACAGAGUGGACGGUGUGCAGUGGUGAGUGUGAGAGGCAGCGCAACAGAGAGUGUACGGCCCCAGAGCCCAAACGCGGAGGCAGGCUAUGUGACGGGGCCGCUCUGGGAACAUACAACUGCACCGGGGGUCUCUGCACUCACAAUCUGCUACACGACGCCAAGCCACAGGGUCUGGAGGGAAGCAGUGACGUGGCGCUGUAUUCGGGCCUGGCGGCGGGGGUGGUGACAGUGGUGGUGUUGAUUGUGGCGGUGACCCUCUACCGGAGGAACCAGAGCGAGUACGGUGUGGACGUCAUCGACUCCUCCGCCCUCACCGGGGGGUUCCAGUCCUUCAGCUUCAAGACUGCUCGCCAAGGCAACCCCCUGUUGAUAAGCUCGUCCUUGCAACCGGACCUGACAGUGUCACGGACAUACACCAGCCCCAUCUGCUUCCAGGACUCCAUGGAUAAAGAACUCAUUUCCCAGGAGCCUUCGCUCUUCGACCCCCUGCCCGACCUCAAGGUCAAAGUUCACUCCUCCUUCAUGGUGUCCCUGGGCGUGUCAGAGAGGGGGGCCGAGUACCACGCCCAGAAAGCCCACCCCCAGACCUUCCCCCGGGGGCUGGCACCCGACUACAGUGGGGUACGGGUGGAGGGGACCCUGAGAGAGAGGAGGGAGAAGAGCCUCCUUGCCCCCCACGCACCGCCUACGCCCUCCAGACCCCCUCUCAGGACGUCCGGGGUGUUGGGACACGCGGGUGGGAGGCUGGUGGUCCCCAAUACAGGUGUCAGUCUGUUGGUGCCCCAUGGGGGGAUAGCUGAGGACACUACCUGGGAGAUGUACAUGGUCAUCAACCAGGAGGACAGCAGCAGUACCCUAUCAGAGGAGAGCCAAGAGGUCCUGCUGAGUCCAGAGGUCACCUAUGGUCCACCGGGCCUCGACCUCUCCUGCCCCGUCGCCAUGACAAUAGCCCACUGCGCUGAGUUCGCCACCGACAACUGGAACAUCCGGCUCAAAAGGCAGACACAGGAUAACAAGUGGGAGGAAGUGAUGUCAGUGGAGGAGGAGAGCACUUCCUGCUACUGUUUGCUGGAGGCUCAGUGCUGCCACCUGCUCCUGGAAAGUCCAGGGCGCUAUGCCCUGGUGGGGGAGCCACUGAGCCAGGAGGCUGUGAAGAGACUGAGGUUGGCCGUGUUCGGUAGUGCAGACAACACCAACCCUCUGGGAUACAGCCUAAGGGUGUAUUGUGUCGACAACACCCCCUACGCAUUCCAGGAAGUGGCAUCAGUGGAGCGGGUGAGGGGCGGUCGUCUCCUGGAGGAGCCCAAGACGCUGCUGUUCAGGGGGAACUCCUUCAGCCUGCAGCUCUCU